AUGGCAAAUACAACUACGGUAUCGACAAAUACCAUCAAAUCGUUCAAUGAUACAUUUGAUAUUAUCGAUGAUACAAAUGAUGGAUUACAAUUUUCGGAUGAUGUAUUAAAUCAAUAUUUCCACUCUGUUCGAUUACAAUCAACCAUAUUUGAGGAGGAAAAAAUUGAAUAUGAAAUUUUGAAUGACUUGGAUUCGGUCCAGAUAAUUGAAGAUGAAGAAACCAUUUUAUCACAAAAAUUAAGUCAAUUAUCGACAAAAACCAAACAAGAAAUUGAUUCAUCCAUAAUCAAGGAUAAAAAACGAUGUUAUAGUUCAAAAACGAGUCCCUGUACAACUUCAAAGAAAAUUAAAAAAACUAAAGCCAACAAUGACGAUGACGAUGAUGACAUUAAUAUUCAUGAGACAACAUCGAAAGAUCAAAUGCCAAAUUAUUUAACAAUGAAUCAUAAAGCAUUUGUUCGUAUGAUUGAAAAUCUUUUACAAAAUACUCCAUCUGUUACUAGCAGUGAUUUACAAGAAAUGGCAUUUUUUAUGCAUCAAAUUGAAGCUAUUCGUAUGAAAAAAGAUAUCACCAUUAUCUAUCUAAAAUCGGUCACAGGCACAUUAACAGAACCUGAAUUAGACUUAAUCGAAGUUGAUCGACGAGUAUGGCCAAUGCAAGUAAAAUCUUUAUUAUUAAGCAACCAUCCAAUGACAACAACUAACGAUGUGAAUCAACCUGAUCAACAAACUGCUUGUGAAAAAUUAAUCAAUCAACGUUUAGAAGAAUUAAAUGAAGAAAUUCAAUAUUAUCAAGAAAAGUUAUUAGCAAAAAAAAAUUCUUUGAUCGGAUUUACAUUGACUAUGAAUGAAACGAUAGAAAAAUUUGUUAAAGAAUUUGGAAUUAAACCACUUGAAUUAAAAUAUCAAUUAAAAACAGCAAUAGUGAUACAUGAUUUCGAAUUAGAAAUCCUCGAACGAAAAUACAUGGCAGAAAAACCAAAUGAGUAUCAAUAUGAAAUUGCCAAACGUCUAUCAAAUAUGAGACGUCAGGUUGAAAAAUCAAAACGAGCAUUAAUGGAAUUGAAACAUGGUGUAUUCUUUAAUAAAUCAUCGGUCUCAUUCGAUUCGAUUCAAAUGUCGACGUCAACUAUCAAUGAUACGAAUUUGAAUAAUGAAGGAAAACAACAACAAUUUAUUAAUAAAUAUGAAUAUCAACUUCGAUGUAAGAAACUUGAUUUAAUAGCUUUAAAUAUAUCGCAAGCAGAAGUCACUUAUUAUCGACUUCAAGCUCAAUUUGAUUCUGAAUUAUCCUUGCUGUGGAAAAAUCAUCGUAAUUUAGUUAAAGAUCAAGGAAUGAUAACAUCAUUAAUUAGUUUACUCGAAAAACGUCUUACUAAUAUUACGAACCGAUGGCGAGAUAUUUACAAUUAUAGAAUCGAUUAUUUUCUUCAAAAUGCUUAUGAUGAAUUAGAUCAUAUGAAUCAGGAUGAAAUAACACAAUACGUGAAAAUUAUGUCAUCUUCAUCUUCUAUUAUUAUUGAUGUACAACAUCCAUUCAAUGACAAACAACUACAAUUAUUAAGUCGUGGACCCAGUUAUGUACCAUCAUGUUUAAUGUAUACAUCAUUAUCCAAUGAAUCGAUGGGUGACAUAGUCAAGAAACAAUAUGCUCCAUUAAAACAUCAACUCAAUAACUUAUUUUUAAAAUAUAAAGUUAAUUUAAAUUUACAUAUGGAAAUUCAUAAGAAACUGUACGAUUUAUUCAAAGAUUUAUUUUCCAAAUCAAUUCCAUCGAGUCUCUCACAACGUGCACUCUAUGAAAAAAAAUUAAUUGAAUCUAUUCGAAUUUCUCUCAAGAAACAUAAUAUUAUUUUACGAAGAACUGCUGAUAAUAUGAAUAUAUUCUACAUGGGAAAUAAAGAAGAAUUUGAAAAAAAAGCCGAUCGAUAUUUAUUAACAUCCGAAGAUUACGAUGUUCUAUUUGAUGUCAAUGAUAUAAAUAAUGAAAAACCAUUCACUCUUGCUAUGAAAGAUAUGAUUGAAUCGAUCAAUGCUUUAUUAGAACAAUUAAAAAUACAUAAAGCCGUUAACAAUGAUUUAUAUAAACAAUUUAUAGUUGAUCCAACUCAUGUCAAAAUACCAUAUUUAUAUUUUCUACCAAAUCUAUCCAAUGAAAAUGUGUUGUCUUUAGUACCUAUUGUUACAUCUCAAUAUAGUACAACAUGGAAAAUGGCCAAAUAUUUAAAUAAAUUAUUACGACCUUAUGCUGAUGGUGUACUACGUUCAACUUCAUUUACGGAUGAAACUGAUUUUAUUCGAAAAUUAUAUCGCUAUGCCACCAUUGAACAUCGUCUUCGUCCAUCAACUUUAUUUUGUACCAUCAAAAUAACUAAUUUCUGUACAUUAGAAGAACAUAAAGAGAUGAUCGAUGUUAUUGGUUAUUUUUUACAAGAUAAUUUAGCAACAAACAAACUCGAACCACUCACCAUUCAAACAAUUCGAAAUCUAUUACAUUUAUUUCUUCAUAACAAUAUUUUUUCAUACAAGAAUAGUAUCUACAAAUUCACCAAAGGUAGUCCAAACACACUACCAUUAACGGAAACAUUAUCGAAUAUUUAUUUAUUUGUUUGGCAAAAAAAAAUCUUGAAAGAAGUCAAUCAAAACAUUGAAUUAUUUGGAAGAUACAAAGAUCGAAUAUUCUUUACAUGGAAUAAAUCAACUCCUAUAGCAUUGGAAACAUUUCUAGAAGAUCUUCGAGAUAAACAUCGAAAUGUCCGUUUUCAAAAAUUAAUUGGUACAAGUGUUUCAUUUCUUAAUGCUUAUAUUGAAAAUCGCCAAGGUCAAUUAUAUACUCGAACUCAUUAUGAUCCCAAUAUGCCACGUUAUACAUUACCCUAUGUUACGGGCCAUACAAAAUCAUCCUAUAGUGAUUGGCUUUUCUUCGCCCUUAUUCGUGCUAUCUGUUAUUGUACAUUAGUGGAUGAUUUUCAGCAAGAACGAGUUUAUCUUGAACUAACUUAUCUUAUCAAUGGUUAUUCAGUCUUAUUUGUUGAAACUCAUGUUAAACGUUUCUUUAAUCAUUUUUCUUCUGAAACAAUGCGUUUUUCUUAUAAUCAAAACAGCUAUGAUCAAUUUCGUCAACAAUGGUUUAAAUUUAUUGAACAACGACACGAACUAGCACAACAACUUCAAAAAUUAGAUGAUACGAAUUGUUUAUUUCAAUUCCAUUAUAUAUAUGAUUUUGGUCCAAAAUGUCGUUUUAAUCGAGAUUUUCGUCAACUCUGGCAUCAUUAUUUUCAACAACAUCCAACUUUAUCAGAAGAAAAAUGCAAAAUUAUUCUUAAUGCUAAAAAUUUUCAUUCCUUAAAUACUUUAUUAGGAAUGGAUAAACCGGCAUUGACUCUUGGACAAUAA